ACAAGGGUCCUAGCCUCAAAUCUCAGCUUCCUAAUGCAGACGUAGUAGCCGUUCUACCUGUGUUGGUCUUCCGGGGCCUCCACCUCCAUGGGAGACUUUAACACAGCAGCUCUGGUGGGGCCGUCUGGGGCUGUGGUGUUCUUUCACUUCACUGUUUCACUUCGGGUCAAGAAAACCCCCCUUGGCAUACCUUUUUCUGAGCAGUUUCCUGGACGCUUCCCAGACACUCAGCAUGAGUCAAGUCUCCUCCAAGCUGUAGCCUCUGGGUGCCAACCCCAGCUCCAGGACAUUCCCUGUGGAGAGUGUCAGGUGGUUUCUGGGCUUUGGCAUUUAUCUGUUAGGUGGGAAAGGACUUUUCUCUCUCUCUCUCUUUUUAAAUUGUGGUAACAUAUAUACAACUUAAAAGUUCCCAUCUCAACCACUCCCAAGUAUGUGAUUCAGUGGAAUCAACAUAUUCACACUGUUGUGUUACCAUCACCACCAUCCAUUGCCAAAACUUUCCACUAUGCUUGGUUCUCUUUUCAGCUUACAUUUGUACAGUGUCAGGUUACAAAGUGUUUUUGCAUGCAUCCGUGGUUCUUAAUAUUUGGAACUCCACUGUCACACUGAUAGAAGGUAUAAACCCUUCCCCCUAAAAAACACACAGAUAAAAGUCUUAUAUACACUUUACAAGGAUUGAUAUACCUCAUUAAAGCCCCCUGUGGACUCCAGGUUGAAAAGCUAGGACGGAGAUUGACAACUCCUUUGGUCUUCCCAAGGAGGAUGGAACAGGUAUUUUUACUGUCAUUUCACAGAUGAGAAAAGAGGCUCAGAAAGUCGAAGGGACUUACCCAAAGUCACAUGACAAGCCAUGGCAGAGAUGGAACUAGAAUAACUCACUGUUCAGCUCACCGAACACUGAGCCUCUCUCUGUACCAGGUGUUUGGUGAAAAAUAAGACACAGUCCUUGCCGUGGAGGAAGGCGCAUCUAGAAGUCAUGUGUCCGGACUCCAUAAGGAAUUUCUAUCUGUCCAAAGGGAAGACAGAGAAGGAACUGGGUUUCCUGUUGCUCUGUAUUUUCUGUUGUUGUCGGAUGUUGUCUUGUCAGGAUCUGCAUCCAAAUGCCUGCAUUUCCUCUUUUAACCACUUUGGACAAUAGCCAUUGUCGGUGGUCACACCAGGCGUGGGUAAGACAUAAAUACCAAACCCACUGCCCGGCAUCCCUCUUCUGGACUGGACUCUGCACGGGGCAAAGGCUUCUUGGCAGGAUCGGGAAAAGCUGAGAGACCCACCCCAUGGAGAGAUGCUGGGUGAUGGAGGCAGCCAACAGCUCCAAAGUUGGCUUGGAUUUCAACCCCAUGAAGGAUUACAUGAUCCUGAGCAGCCCCCAAAAGAUAGCUGUUGCAGUGCUGUGCACCCUUCUGGGCCUGCUAAGUGCCCUGGAGAAUCUGGCCGUACUCUACCUGAUCCUGUCCUCCCACAGGCUCCGCAGGAAGCCCUCAUACCUGUUCAUUGGCAGCUUGGCAGGGGCUGACUUCCUGGCCAGUGUGGUCUUUGCCUGCAGCUUUGUAAAUUUCCAUGUCUUCCAUGGUGUGGAUUCCAAGGCUGUCUUCCUGCUGAAGAUUGGCAGUGUGACCAUGGCAUUCACAGCCUCUGUGGGCAGCCUGCUGCUGACUGCUGUUGACCGCUACCUCUGCCUGCGCCAUCCCCCUGCAUACAAAGCUCUACUCACCCGCGGCAGGGCACUGGUGACCCUGGUCAUCAUGUGGGUCCUCUCGGCAUUGGUCUCCUACCUGCCCCUCAUGGGAUGGACGUGCUGUCCCAGACCCUGCUCUGAGCUUUUCCCACUGAUCCCCAAUGAUUAUCUGCUGGGCUGGCUCCUGUUCAUCGCCUUCCUCUUCUCUGGCAUCAUCUCCACCUAUGGACAUGUCCUCUGGAAGGCCCACCAGCACGUAGCCAGCUUGGCUGAGCACCAGGACAGACAGGUGCCAGGGCUGGCCCGGAUGAGGCUGGACGUGAGGUUGGCCAAGACACUGGGGGUGGUGCUGGCUGUGCUCCUUGCAUGUUGGUUCCCAGUACUGGCCCUCAUGGUCUACAGCCUGGCCACCACACUAAGCAACCAGGUCAAGAAGGCCUUCGCCUUCUGCUCCAUGCUGUGCCUUGUCAACUCCCUGGUCAACCCUGUUAUCUAUGCCCUGCGGAGUGGGGAGAUCCGCUCCUCCGCCCACCGCUGCCUGACACGCUGGAAGAAGGACCUGCAGGGCCAUGGGCAUGAGGGAAAAGAAGAGGCCCUGAGGACUUCGGUCACUGAGACAGAGGCUGAUGUGAAAAUCACCCUGGGGCAAGAGUCUAAAAGCCUCUACAUCUCUGAUCUCUGAUGAGGCCACUUACCCAUUUUCAACCCAAGCCAGACAUCAUUUCACUUCCUGUAGGAGAGAGCCAUCUUGACCCUCUCAUCUUACUUGAAGCAGCCCUGGGUACCUGGACACUUAACUCUUUUUGCUGUUGAGUGUUGGGACUGACUUCUGGAGGAUAACCUGGUGGUGCCUGUCUGCACUCAGUCUGGUAGAUGGCUGGACCCUGCAAGGGGUGGCAAAAUUGGCAGGCACAAAAGGGUCCAGGUCAGCUCAGUCCAUGUCAGAUCAGGAAAACCUUCCCUAUCAAGUUGGCUUAGUGCCUUCAUCCUCCAGAGACCAGGGAGCCUUUGGGCCUGGCAAUGAGAGAGGCAGAGGAAACUGGGAAAAGAAUGGAUUGUUGUCCUGGAAACUCAGGGUAUCAGAUGGGAUGGCCAGCCAGUCCCUUGUUCCUGCUUAAUUAUGAGGCCUCCUUGGUUUGGGAGCUCUGACAGCAGAUGCCUUCGGCCCUACCAUCAGGUCUGCCUUGCCCACUGAGGACCAAGUAUGGGAAUGUGAUGAAACUGUUGAUGAAUCUGUUUCAGAAGAAACUGACAAGCCUCUAGCUCAGGGCAUCUUGCUGUUAUAUUACGGCAAGGAUUCCCCUGACACCUGCUAAUCCCCAUUUAUAGCCACUGGUCCCUGGGAUAUAUGGAGGAGGCUGGGACCACAUGGAACAGAGUAUCUUUGGAAAUUUUAAUUGGCCCUAUGGAGUCAUGCUUGGUGGCCACUGGGAUAGGCAGUGACCCAGUCUCACCUAACCCCAAAAAGAAGAUAUUCACAAAGAUUUUGUAAUUCCUGGGAUUAUUUCCAGUCUCCUCUCAAUUCAGCCCCUUUUGCCUCCUUCACACACCUAUAACAUGUAAUAAGCAGAGCAACUGGAAAUUCCCUUACUAUUUACCAGGUAUUGGGCUGACAUUCUGCUGUCCAUUAUCUCAUUCUAGAUGCAGCAGGAAUACAGGCUUGUGCUUUUGAUGUACCCGUAUUUUACAUGUCAGGGAGGCUGGGUUCCUACCAGAGGGGCUUAAUUGUUACUGAUGGAGAAUGGCGGAGGAAUUCUAAUGCAGUCAUUUGGGACCACAGACUGAAUAGGAAGGUAGUAAAUAAACAUUUGUUCAUUUAAUACUUACAAGAUAAGGUCUCCACGAUUCAUUCACACAUCUGUCCAUCUCACAAACAUGUGCCAGGCUCUGUUCUAGGUCUUGGAUGUCCAGACAUAAAUGAGACUCUACCCCCAUCUCAUGGAGCUUACAUUCUACAUUCUAGCGGGGAAAGAACCAGUGAUAAGGUAAAUAAGUAAAUAACGAUACUUACAGUUGGUACAAUGAAGGAAAUCAACAAGGUCGUGUGCUAGGGAUUAAUUGGGGUAUGCAACUUUAGGCAGGGUAGACCUACUAUGUGCUCUGGUCAUAUAUGGCGGCUAGCUUUUGUGAAGCCGUUAUUACAUGCCAGGCACCAGAAUGAUGUUUUAAAUGCUUUCUCUCACUUGGUUCUCAAAAUAACCUAACGAAGAGGGUCUUGGUAUCUUCAUUUUAUGGAUGAGAAACCUCAAAGAGUAGUCACUUGCCCAAGGUUACAUAGCUAAUAAGUACCAAAGCUGGGGUUUCCAACCCAGAUCUGACUUCAAAGCCUGCCCUCUUAACCGCUAACAUCUAGGCAUAGUUGAGUUAAAUUCUGUUUGAAUAUUACUCCUGAGGAAUAACAUUAGUUCUCUGUCACAUCAGGUCACUGCAAGCUUAACUCAUCACUGCUUCUCAAUGUGCUUCAUUUUAUGACCCCAAAGACAAAGUCUGCACCUCUAUUAAGCCCACAUUAAGGACUGUGUUAACUGACAGUCUCUAUCUCAUCUUUCUUCAAGAGAUGAUGAGCUCUGUGUUCUCCUCUGGAUCCCAGUGCUCUGACAACAAUGAUUGGUCCUUAAGGAUCCUUAAGGACCUGGUCAAUAUUUGUGGAACUGAACUGUUUCUGAAAAGCUGGCUGUAAACUCCAUUUUGGAAAAUCAAAUUUUAUUUUAACCUAUUUUUUUUUUGUAAAUCAGAGAAAUGCCACAAUUUUUUCAUGGCUGAAUUGUGUAUCCAUAUAUUGUUGAUACUGUAUCUUCAUAUGCUCCUAGGUGGAGUCUUCUCUCAUUUUAGCAAAGAAAAUGUACAUGUGCCUGGCACAAAUUGGUACUCAGUAAAUAUUUGUUGGGUGAAUAAAACCAUAUUUUAAAAAUCA